GGAGAUGGAUAAUAGGGAAGAAAAAUUGAGAGAAGAAUUCGAGGAAGAACUUGAAGAAGAAAAUAAGAAAGGGUUAAUAGAGCGAUUAAAUAUCGGGGGAAGUAAAAUAGCGGAAGGACUUAAAAAAUUGGAUAAAGGAAAAAGGAAGAGCAAAAAAAUGUUGAAGAAAUGGAAAAAAGAAUUGGAAAAACUGACUUUAAAUGAAACCAAAUUGAAGGAGGAGCAAAAUAAAAAUUCUAAAAACUUGUCGGAAUUCGAGGGGAUAUUGGAAAAAACUAAAAAUUUAAAAAAGAUUGAUGGAAACUAUUACGGCCUACUCUCGUUUUUUAAAUAUACUAUAUCUUCAAAAUGUAGUAAGGCUUGUUGUGGAGAAAUUGAAGAUGAAUAUGAAUGGGAGAGAAAAUUGGGAGAGAUGGAGUAUGAGUAUGAAGUAAACAUCGAAAAGAACAAUUCCGACAAUUCGUUAGAAACCAAAAAACAAUUCUGUGAAAAAUUGGAAAUUUUUAAACAAAACUUUGAAAAAAAAUAUCCACAAAAUGCGAUAGAGAAAAGAUUAGAUUUUGAGACUGUGAGUGAAUGGAAGGACGGAAAUAAAGAAAAUUCAAUGGGAAAACGAAUUGAUAAAUUAAUCAAAGAGUGUUUAGAAUUUAAAACCAAGGUAUUUUAUAAUAAAGGGAUAAGGAGCUUCCAGAUAUAG